GAAGAAGAAGACGACGACGACGACGACGACGACGACGAUGACGCCGACGCCGACGCCGACGAUGGGCGACGGAGCCGCAGAGAGAGACGAGCGGCUGCUGCGAAAGAUCGCCAAGAUCCUCGACGAGACCCGCGCCUCGCACGCCACGCACAACCGGAAGCUCAAGGAGCUCUCGGCCCUCCGGCCCCACCCCAAUUUCUUCGCCUCCUUCUCCCGAGCCCUAGCUCCCCUCUUCGACUUCCGGCAGCGCAACUCGUCCGCCGAGCGCAUCGUGCGGUUCGUCGCGGCCUUCGCCGGCGGCGCUCACGCCCCCAAAGCCUCCCCCGACGGCUGCGACGAUGCCUUCCUGGAGAAGUUCCUCGGUUCCCUCCUUGUCGCCGCCUCCGCCGCCAAUAAGACAGUGAGGUUUCGCGCUUGCCAGAUCAUUUCGGAGAUUAUAUUACGACUUCCAGAUGAUGCAGAAGUGGACAAUCAAGUGUGGGAUGAGGUGAUAGAGGGCAUGAUUCUUAGAGUCAAAGACAAGGCCCCUGUAGUCCGAAUGUUUGCGAUUAGAGCUCUUUCGCGUUUUGUGAAUGAUUCUGAAAAUACCGACAUCCUCGAUUUGUUCCUCGAAGCAAUUUCAUUGGAGCCCAAUGCGGAAGUUCGUAAGACAUUGGUGCUAUCGCUGCCGCCAUCAAAUGCAACUUCGCAAGCAAUAAUUGAUUGUACCCUAGAUGUGAGUGAUUCAGUACGUAAAGCAUCCUACUGUGUUUUAGCCAAUAAGUUUCCCCUCCAAAGCCUUAGUAUUAAGCAUCGAACAAUAAUUCUCCGGAGGGGUCUUGCUGACCGUUCGGUUGCUGUUGCAAAGGAGUGUCUUAAGUUGAUGAGAGAUGAAUGGCUCCUCAAAUGUUGCCAGGGAGACCCCAUUGAACUUUUGAAGUAUCUUGAUGUUGAGACUUAUGAAUCAGUCAGUGAGUCAGUGAUCGAGGCUCUGCUGAAAGCAGGAUUCGUAAAGAUCCAUGAAGAUGAUAGCAUUCAGCACUACAUAGGAUCACACACUGACAAAACUGAGGCUGGGGAAUUAUCUGCAGGCACCCAAAACAACAGACUUAUGGAAGCAGAAGCUGCUCUUUACUGGAGGGUUGUUUGCAGGCACUUACAAACUGAGGCACAUGAAAAAGGUUCUGAAGCUGCUGCAGCAUUGGGCACUGAAGCGGCAGUAUGUGCGGCAAAAGCUUCAGAUGAUAAUGACCUACUAGAGAGAAUACUUCCUGCAACAAUAUCUGACUACAUCAGUUUAGUCAAGGUUCAUAUUGAUGCUGGGCCAAACUAUCGGUUUGCUUCUCGGCAGCUAUUGUUGGUCGGUACCAGUCUUGAUUUUUCCGAUGCUACAAAUAGGAAAGUUGCCAAAGCCUUUUUGGGAGAGUUACUGCAGAAGCCUCUUGAACAUGAAUUAGAUGAUGGAGGAAAUAUGGUUGCCAUAGGAGAUGGUAUAAAUCUUGGUGGAGACAGAGAAUGGGCUACAGCAGUUACUGAUUUGGCCAGGAAAGUUCAUUCUGGCGCAGGUGAAUUUGAAGAAGUUUUCUCUCAGGUUGUAGAAGAACUUGCUCAGCCUUGCAGGGAGAGAGCUGCUGACUUUCUACAGUGGAUGCAUUGCCUUGCUGUGACUAGCCUUCUUUUAGAGAAUUCAAAAUCAUUUCGCUGGCUUCAAGGCAAGGCUAUUGAACCUGAAGAGAUACUUCGAUCCUUGUUGCUUCCAGGGGCGAAGCAUGUUCACUUGGAUGUUCAAAGGGUUGCUAUCAGAUGCCUUGGUCUCUCUGGGUUGUUGGAGAGGAAGCCGAGCGAAGAUCUUGUAAAGCAAUUAAGGCUAUCUUUUAUCAAGGGUCCUCCUCCUAUCAGCAGAGAGGCUUGUAGGGCCUUAGUAGAUCUGAUGAUGUGGCAUGGUCCACAAGAAAUCGACAAAGCCCAAGGGAAUGAUCAUUCAACACAGUUUGAAAACCAAAAAGUGGAUUCUCUGCCCACCAAUGGUUCAGACAUGGAGGAAAGUGUGAACACAGAUGUACUUAAUCUCUUAUGUGGUGGAUUUGACAGAGACGAUUGGGCGAAAGCUGUAAGUGACGAAAAUGAGUCGAUUUGUGCUGUUCUUGGAGAGGGAUUUGCAAAGAUGCUUCUCUUAAGUGACAAGUAUCCAAGCAUAUCAAAAAAUUCACAAGUUUCCGUGCUAAGGAGACUUAUCUGCCUGUAUUUUAGCAAUGAGACGAAGGACCUGCCGAGGUUGAGACAAUGUUUGUCGGUGUUUUUCGAGCAUUACCCAGCUCUCUCUGUACAUAAUAAGGCAAUUUUAUGCAAGGCUUUCAUUCCAGUUAUGCGAUCAAUGUGGCCAGGGAUCGAUAAAAAUACUGGAAAUUCUCCAUCUGUGGUGUCUAACAUGCGGAAACUUGCCGUCCAAGCUUCACGUUAUAUGCUGCAAAUGAUGCAAACUCCCAUGUACCCAAAGGAGAGUGAAACACAGGAUGGUAAUCUCAAUUCUGCUGAGGCCAGAAAUGACCUCGCACGGUCCAAUCUUGAGCAUGGGGAAGAGGGGCUUGCCAUACGCAUAGCGGCAGAGGUUGCUCGUUUCCCUGGUAAAAAGACAGCUGCUGAGAGGUCAUAUAUCUCGGCACUCUGUAGAGUACUUGUGUUGCUUAAUCUGGGGUCAUCAGAUCAAGAACCAGUGAAGUUGCUGAGGAGUCUUUUAAACCAUGCUCUGGUAAUUGUGGCAGCAGAGAAAGAUCUUGUAAAGGAUAUGAAGCAGUUCUCUGAAUGUCUGAAGGCACUAGAUCAACAUCCAGAUCAAGAACUUUUGCAGGAACAAGCAGAUGUUAUAUUUGAUAGGUUGGGAGUGGACUUCAAGCUGGAUGUCAAUAAUUUCAUUGCCGUGCCACAAACACCAGUCCCAUGCUCAACCAGGGCAACCCGUACAAGGAGGCGAGUCAGGCGUGAAUCAUCAUCCUCUGAUGAUGAAUCUUCACCGAACACCGUUGCCCCUUCUGUUCCUACCACGGUUGGUGCCCGUUCUCAGAGAGCAAGCAAGACUGCUGCUCUUUCAAAGAUGACCGCUAAUAAAGACAUCAGGAUCGAUGAAGAAGAGGGUGAAGAAAGUUCAGACUUAACAUCUGAGGAAGAUUCUGAUGAUUCCGAGGAAGAUGCAUCGUGAAGUAGACUUGCAGUGCAUUUAUUAAUCAAUCACCAGUUGUCUGUUUUUGGUUCACUAAAACGCGCGUUGUAUGUGUUAUCAGAUUGGUGAAUCCGUGUAUAUCGCAAAGAGAUAGGUCGGUUUUGUAAGAGUUACCUCACGAUAAGCAAUCGCUUUUGCGCGUGUGAACUUAUUUCGCUACUUGGCUACCAUGUCGGUAGCUUAUUCCCUCUUCUUGAGAGGUCAAUGAAUUUGAAUAGUCUGAUGCGAUACUUUCUACC